UUUUAGCUUUUUUUAUUCUUUCAUUUCCUAUAUUUUUUUCCUGCUCACAAGAAUCUCUCUGCUCUCCCCAACCGGUGUCUAUCACGAUGAAAUAAAAGCUGCAAACGAAAAAAAUCUAUGUUGUUCUGGUUUACAAAAAGUCUCUCUUCUCUCCUCUGAUCACAGAUACAAACCUUACAAUUUGGAGAGGGGGGGGAAAAACAAAACUAACCAAACCAAACCCAAGGAGGAGAGAGAAGCACUGACGAGUGCUCUCUGGAAUUCAAGCCAUACGCCCCUGUCCCUUUCCUUUGUCCCGCUUUCUGUGAUGCUCAGGAAUCGAAGACCACUUAAAAGUGCUCUUAUGAGACCCAAACAACACUCCUCCCUCUUGUCUCCUCUCCCUUGGUCUUUCUGGCACUCUGGCUUUGGCUCACACACACAAACACACACACACAGCCCCCUCUCAAGUAACGUCCAUGGCGCACUGAGUGUUUCCGUGUGGUGUCAGCAGCGACGUUGGCUCCUGCAUUUGGAAGGGUUUUGACAUUUUCGGGUGGCUCAUGAGUUGGCCUGAUUGUCAUUGAUCAAUAUAUUUUUAUUACAACUUCUUUUUUCCCACUUUUGUCCUUUUCUGUUUCCAUGAAAGGCAAGUAACUGAUGAGUCUGAAGUCCCAAACAAGCUCAAGCGUCCUCUUGCAGGGUCUGUUGUCAGAGGUCAGGGCUUAAUGUAAAGCCACAGGAGCCUGUAGUGGACAGCCCAGGCAGGAAAGCCAAUGGUCAGACUAUAUUCUGGGUCUUUGGCACCUAUAGAGUUUAUGAUCCCGAUUUGGAUAAUUUUGACACCAGUGGAUUCAGUUAAGUAAGUCUCGACUUGCAUGAAUGGUGAAUCAGAAUUGGUCUCUUGGGGUUUUAGGUUGCUGUGGAUGUUUUCUGUUUUCUUUUUUCUUAUUUCUCAAAACUUGGUCUUAGGAAAGAAACUAGAGCUUUGUGAAGGGUCUUUUCUUCCAAAAAUACAACUGAAAAAAAGACUUAUGCUGCAGUUGGGUUUCUUUUAAUACUCAGGGCUGAAAGAUACAGGGUUUUCUUUUUUUUCUUCUUUUUUUUUUAUUUCAACAAUGGGAAAAAAUGAGUUCCUUAAAGCAAUGCAGCUGAACAGUUUGUCCUGCUUAAAUGCAUGCUUUUAAUUUCAAUUAUGUAAGGCACCUUGCAGUGUUAGCAAAAUGUCUCUUUGUUAGCUAUAUGUGUAUCGCCAUGGGAAAUUACCAAACUGUCACAAGACUUGCUGAUUAAAGAAUAGCCUGCCAGAGUGUGUGUGCCUUUGCCCAGUGUGACUCUUAGGUAUUAGGCUAAGGAAAACAGUUUAUCAAAAUGUAGUGUGAAUCAUUCCUGAUAAGUGAAUAAAGCAUUGUGACCAAGCAAUCAGAUUAUUCACUUAUCAGGAAUCGACUGUACUGAUAGUUUGCCUGAUUGUUUUUGUUCCUCAUCUCUGUUGUAGUUUCACUACUUUGCUGUGUUCUGUUUUUUCUCUCAUGCUCUUAGCAAAAUCACUGGGAAUAUCCCUUCGUGUGAUCAUGAAACAUGCUACUGAGUAACAAAUAAAAAAAAAAUUAAAAUAGAAAAAUGAUAUCUUAACAAAAUCUAUGCACUUGCUAUCAGGAACACAAUACUGGAUGUGUCUUAUAUAUAUUGAACUAUAAUAGUAUUCGAUUUCUUAAAUAAAGCUUAAGAAAGGA